UCUGACAGCUGUUUUGCUAGAAAGACGUGAAUAAGUGGAUCAGACGCUCUUAGCGUUUUCAAAAGUUGUUUAUUGAUAGUUAAUGUAGAAUGGCUUCAGUAGAAAAGCUCAAGAAACGCGUGAAAGCGCUUGAGGAGGAACUAAAACGAGAAAAGCAGAAAAAUGCCGAGGCCGGCUCGACCACUGUCCGUCAAAAAAUCACCGAAAUGAGUUCGGAAGUUGUGGAUUCAAAUCCUUACAGCCGGCUGAUGGCCCUGAAGAGGAUGGGAAUUGUUGACAAUUACGAGAGGAUCAGAGAUUUCACUGUGGCUGUUGUUGGAGUGGGCGGAGUUGGGAGCGUUACCGCAGAGAUGCUCACCAGAUGUGGAAUAGGAAAGCUUCUCCUGUUUGACUAUGACAAAGUGGAAUUAGCAAACAUGAACCGUCUCUUCUAUCAACCACAUCAGGCUGGCCUGAGCAAAGUCGAAGCUGCCGAGAGGACACUAAGAGAAAUCAACCCAGACGUUGAAUUCGAAGUUCACAAUUACAACAUCACUACUAUGGAUAAUUUUAGUCACUUCAUGGAAAGAUUGAAGGAAGGUAACUUGUCUGGUAAAGGCCCUGUAGAUUUGGUGUUGAGCUGUGUGGAUAACUUUGAAGCCAGGAUGGCCAUAAAUACGGCGUGUAAUGAAAUUGGCCAGAACUGGAUGGAGUCUGGGGUCAGUGAAAAUGCAGUCUCUGGUCAUAUACAGUUUAUCAUUCCUGGAGAAACGUCUUGUUUUGCUUGUGCCCCUCCUUUGGUUGUGGCAACAAAAACUGAUGAGAAGACAUUAAAGCGAGAAGGCGUGUGCGCGGCGAGUCUCCCUACAACAAUGGCCGUUGUGGCAGGAUUUCUUGUGCAGAAUACCCUAAAAUAUCUGCUUCAGUUUGGAGACGUAUCGUUCUAUUUAGGUUACAAUGCGCUACAAGAUUUCUUCCCCAAAAUGGCCAUGAAACCAAACCUCAGUGUGAUGACCGAUACUGUCAAAAAACAGCAGACCGAAUUUCAGAAACGAGAAGCUGCUAAACCCAAAGAAGAGAAGAAAGAAGAAAUUGUUGAAGAAAUAGUCCACGAUGAAAAUCCAUGGGAAAUUCAACUGGUCUCUGAAACAACAGAGGAAGAAUUGAAAGCUGCGGAAGGUGACAAGCCGGAGUUGACGGAAGGUGUUCGGGUAGCAUAUACCAAACCUGCAGACAGUGAAAAGGAUGACUCUGGAACAGUGGAUACCUCAGAUCAAAGUUUGGAGGAAUUAAUGUCUCAGAUGAAAGGAUUAUAAUCAAAAUAAAUACAUUAACUUUAAACUCAUUGAUAUUUAUUUCAAAUGAAAAAAGUUCCAUGGCAUACCGCAAACAUUGCAUAAGUUUUUAUAACAGAAAGAUUGUUGUUUUUUUUUCUUAAUUUUAUUUAUGUGGUUACCCCUAAAUCCUAAAAAUAUAUAGCCACAGGCUUAUUGCAUGUAUUGGCCUGUUACAGAAAUGUUGUUUGAGUGGUAUUUAGAAGUUGGGAUGAAAGUACACCGAACAAGGCAUUCUUAUGGAUAUACAAACCAAGAAGUAUAAAGCAAGAAGUUAUAUAUCCAUAAGAAUGCCUUUUUCAGUGUAGAGAAAUGUUAUCUGAGGUAUUUUAUAUUUUCUGUGCCAGUCAUAAUUCAUGUUUCCUCAGACCUUCAAAAUCUUAUGAAUUAUAUUUUCAAAUUUCAUCUGAAGUUAUAUUUCAGUGAUUGAAUUUGUGAAGGAUUUAGGGUAUUAUCUGAAUUUAAAAAACACUGUUACAUAACAUUCUUAUUUUUUUAUCACAUUUUAACUCUCAAACUCAAAAUUGUGAGUCUCAAACGUCAUUGAUAUUCAAAUAUUAAGAGGAAUGAAGAGCCUGUUUCUAAGCUCAAGGUCCAUAAGAAAUGGCACCUUUAUUACAGUAAAUGUUUAAUAAUAGUGGAUAUGCAAAUCAGAAAGAGGGUAAUAUUAAGGCAACCUGAAGUGACAAGUGUUUAAGUAAAGAAAAACGCUCUUCAUCAUUCUGUCUUUUCAUUUAUGGUCACAAUGACAAAUUCCAAACAGUUUUUAAAGACUCUUUCUGUUCCAUGUAUUUGCUGAUUAUUUGUUAAAAAAAAUGUAUUAUACACUUUUUGCUGAAUGUAUGUAUUGUAAAGGCGAUGUAACCGUUGCAUGAACUGAGGAAAUGUGAAAUUUGUCCAGCAUUAACCAGCUUGGACAAGAUAUGUUCAAGAUUCACCUGCUUCAUUUCUGUUUUUCACGUGGAAAGAUCUGCCAUCAACCUGCAGAUAGUCAUAAGUUCAAGUCCAGCUCAUACUGGCUUCCUGUUGGGUUGUAGGUGGGAAGGUGUGGCAACAACCUGUGGAUGGUCGAAGGUUUCCUCAAGGCUUUGCCGGGUUUCCUCCCCACCAUAAUGCUGGUUGUCGUCCUGUAAAUUACACAUUCUUGAGUAUGAGGUAAAACACCCAUCAAGUAAAUAUAUCAAUUAAAAUCAUCAAUUCUUCUGGCCUUAGUAGCAAUAGGUAGUUAGAGCUCGUAGCUCACAUGGCCGUAAGUGGUCUGACAUGAAGCUUUCCUUCAUUAUGAGGUACAAAUUGAUAUCAUACAGAUUGUUAAAAUCAGUAUGUGUGGGCAAGUUGUUCUGUUAUACUCCGUGGUGGUCUCCAAUCAUGACGAGGACCAUCGCUCUGGCGUAUAUGAAUAAAGCCACUGACCAAUAAGGUCAUGAGUUCAAAUCCAGCUGUGGCUGUUUUGGCUGUGGCUUCAAAGUCUGGAGGUUUGUUUACUCCGAGAACUCCAGUUUUGUACCUUAUGAUUGACAUCAUGUGAGUGAAAAAUCCUUGUCCAAUCAAUCAAUCAACCAAUCAAUCAAUCAAUCAUGUCGACGACGGCCGUAAUAUAAAUGAAAUGCUGUUGAAUACAGAAUCAAACACUCGUCAUUCAAUCAAUCAAACUGAAAAGAAUUUCCUUCUCAGAUUCCAUGUGGAUUAGUUGUGAUUUUGUUAGCUUUUAACGACCUCAAAUAAAAUGAUAAUGUGGGGAUUUUGUAAAUGUCUUGAAAGACACGAGGUGAAUUUUGUGAACGGAAGACCACGGGAUGUAUAUGUGUUCCAUUAUGCCCAGUGAGCGUUCGUCUUUUCAAAUUACAAUGGAUAACUUUAGUCGGUAUUAAGUGGCAAGGGUGGGCCGGGGAAGAGUUGUUAAAUGUGAUUGCUUUUACAUCACUAGGAAUUUGUAGAUACCCCUGCUGUCAUUUUUGGGGAAAGCAAAAUGAACUGACGCUGAAAUGGUUAUGGAUGUACCACUGGGUCCUCAUUGUUAUCGGUGGGAAAUGCUCCAAUCAUACGGUUUGUACUUCCGGGCACUUUUCCUUUCUGGCUAAUUUAUAUUUGCUUUAAUGAUCACGCAUAAAUGUUGUCAAUAAAUGUGUAUAUAAUGCUG